GACUCAUGUGGAAAGAGACUGAGUCAGAGUCAUUCCCUCACACUGAUUGGACUGCUAUAUUAGGAACUCACAUAGGCUUAUAAAGUCUUGGCACAUCAUGUUUAAUGUUGUUCAGAAACCCUGCUGCUCGCACAGUUAUUCCGCAACUUUCAGUUCGUGUUACUCUUUAUGGCGAACAUUCGUAAAAAGCUGGUGGUGGUUGGGGACGGGGCAUGUGGAAAGACUUGCCUUUUAAUCGUUUUCAGCAAAGAUGAAUUUCCAGAGGUUUAUGUGCCCACCGUUUUUGAAAACUACGUCGCGGACAUUGAAGUGGACACUAAACGAGUCCAGCUGGCUUUAUGGGACACGGCGGGACAGGAGGAUUACGACCGCCUCAGACCCCUGUCCUAUCCGGACACUGAUGUCAUCCUCAUGUGCUUCUCGGUGGACAGCCCGGACUCUCUAGAAAACAUCCCAGAAAAGUGGGUGCCAGAGGUGAAACAUUUCUGUCCAAACGUGCCUAUCAUUUUGGUGGCGAAUAAGAAAGAUUUGCGAAGCGAUCACGGUGUAAGAAGUGAGCUGUCGAGGACGAAACAGGAGCCCGUGAGAACAGAGGACGGGCACGCAAUGGCGGCUCGCAUCGGGGCCUGUGCCUACAUGGAGUGCUCUGCCAAAACCAAGGAAGGGGUUCGGGAAGUGUUUGAGACCGCUACUCGAGCCUCCUUACAGAGGAGGACAAGACCACCCACCGGCUGCUUGAACUGUUGCAAACUGAUGUGAAAGACUUUAAAUGCGUUAAGUUACAGAAAACACUGUUGUGUCUAAAGGGUCCAUUUUUCAAAGCAAGUAACGUGUACAGUACAAUGAUCCACUGAAAAUAAAAAAAUCAAGAGGCUACUGACCGUCUUUGAGAUGUUGCUGAUUGAUGGAAUGAGGAGUUUAAGUUUGUAGACUUUGCACAGGUUUGUUUUUGUAAGCAUGCGCACUAAAUGGCAUUUGCUUUUAGAACAUGCCUCACAAAACCUUGUUUAUUAUUGUUUUCUAAAGUUAUCCCAUCAAAGCAAAAGGAUUAUUGGAUCAAAUUAUGUAUCAUAAUUUGGAACAUCUCUUAAAAGGAUCGAAUACUUUUAUAAAAAAAAAAAUCCCUGUUAAUAAGCCUACCUG